AUGGCCAACCCUCUGCCAUCCGAGGAACCGAGGAGAGCCACUAAAGGUUCAGCAGGGUUGGACCUCCUCUCCAACACCAGACUCAUAUUAACUCCUCAGAUGGGGGUCCAGUUAAUAGAGACUGACUUUAAAGGACCCGUUGAACCAGGAACAAUGGGAUUGCUACUCAGCAGAUCAUCUUCUGCCCUCAGAGGACUGAUUGUCCAUCCUGGUGUGAUCGAUCCUGAUUACACCAGAGUGAUUAAGAUCAUAGUGGCUUCCCCUAGAGGCAUCACAGUUAUCUCUCCAGAAGAUAGGAUAGCCCAGUUAGUCAUUCUCCCUAGUUUACAUGCAAAAUAUGCAGCUAAGCCACAAGAAAGGGGCGAAAAAGGGUUUGGCUCAUCAGGAACUGGAUUUAGAUCAAAGGCCAGUGCUUGA